AUGUUGUGGUUUACAACCAAUACCGUUCAGAGUUCAACCACGUCUACCGGCUCCCUCCGAAAACGAGGGUCUCGUAAACGGUGUUAUAUCUCGGCCUGUCAACUAAAGCGUACCAAUCCGUUCUCGCCUCGAUCACAAUUUAUUUCUUUAUUUUAUGACCUUCCACCAACAGACUCUUCCCCUUCGCCAUCUCCUUCGCCAUCGCCAUCUCCGCCUCCCACAUCUGCGCCAACGCGGAGUGCGCAGGGAGGGGCGCCUCACCCUUUUCCAUCACAGUCCCACUCAAGUGGGUCGGGGUCCUCGUCCCCAAACCUACCAUCACAUACGAUUGCGGUAGAUGAUGGAGGGGAAGGUAUAGUUGCAUCCGACGACGGAGACAGGAUAUACUACCUGGAUGUUGUUCAAUCUCCGGAGCGAACCGCAGAAUUUGGCAAUGCUGUUCUAUCCAGACUACCACUGUCUCCUCCGCUCAUCGUUCAAUUGGUUGUACGUGACCGCAGCGGAGAUGUAGUCCAGAUCCAUGGAGAAUUGCCAUUCCUUGUUGCUCAUAUAGCGCUCCUUCGUGAAAAUGGAGCACAAGUUGUCGAGACCCCCCCUAGCAGCGAUCAGGUUGUGAUCUCGCCAUCUCAGAGGUCACUUUAUGGAUCACUUGUAUCAUCCCCUCAUCUCCUGCAAAACCAACAAGGACAUCCCGGCAUUUAUUUCAUCUUUCCGGAUGUGAAUGUGAGGAAUAGUGGCAGAUAUCGACUCAAGGUUUCCUUGUUGAAGAUUGCUAGACCCGAUAGCAACCAUGUGAUCAACGAGGGAAACGGGAUCACCCUGGUCUCGACAAGAACUCGAGUUUUCGAGGUAGUUCCUCAGGCCGAAUACGUUGCCCCUGCUCCAACCAGUUUGACUCAAUGCUUUCACCGUCAAGGCGCCAGGAUGUACACACCUCCCUCUAGUGCACCAUCUGGCCGACGCUAA